UGUCCCUCGCGCUGCCCAGUAGAGAGGAAGGCUCGGGGAGACCGCAGGAGGAAACGGUACCGGCCAGAGGGCCGGCCGCGCGAGCCUGGGCCUGCCGGGGGCGGGGCAGGGGGCAGAGCUUACACCAGCUGCUGGAAGUGGGCAGGGCCUGGGGAUCGGAAAGGUGGGCUUUCCAGGGCAGUGGGUAGCCGCUUCCUUGUCGCCAGGACUCCUCAGCUUCCGCCCUAGAGCAAAGCCCGGCCCGGCCGGCUUCUGGGUCGCCAUGGAGUCCGCGCUGGGCGCGGGCAUCGCGAUGGCCGAGGCGCUGCAGAACCAGCUGCCCUGGUUGGAGAACGUGUGGCUUUGGGUCACCUUUCUGGGCGAUCCCAAAAGCCUCUUUCUGUUCUACUUCCCCGCGGCCUACUACGCCUCUCGCCGCGUGGGCAUCGCGGUGCUCUGGAUCAGCAUCAUCACUGAGUGGCUCAACCUCGUCUUCAAAUGGCUUCUGUUUGGAGACAGGCCCUUUUGGUGGGUCCACGAGUCUGGGUACUAUAGCCAGGCUCCAGCCCAGGUUCACCAGUUCCCCUCUUCUUGUGAAACUGGUCCAGGCAGCCCCUCUGGACAUUGCAUGAUCACAGGAGCAGCCCUCUGGCCCAUAAUGACGGCCAUCUCUUCCCAGGUGGCCACUCGGGCCCACAGCCGCUGGGUGAGAGUGAUACCUAGCCUGGCUUAUUGCACCUUCCUACUGGCAGUCGGCCUGUCCCGGGUCUUCCUCUUAGCACAUUUCCCUCACCAGGUGUUGGCUGGCCUAAUAACUGGUGCUGUCCUGGGCUGGCUUAUGGCCCCCCGGGUACCCAUGGAGCGAGAGCUAAGCUUCUACGGGUUGACCUCACUGGCCCUCUUGCUGGGCGCCAGCCUGAUCUAUUGGACCCUCUUUACACUGGGCCUGGAUCUUUCCUGGUCCAUCAGCCUAGCCUCCAAGUGGUGUGAGCGGCCUGAGUGGGUGCACAUGGACAGCCGGCCCUUUGCCUCCCUGAGCCGUGACUCAGGGGCCGCCCUGGGUCUGGGCAUCGCCCUGCACUCUCCCUGCUAUGCCCAGGUACGGCGGGCAUACCUGGGAAAUGGCCAGAAGAUAGCUUGCCUUGUGCUAGCCAUGGGGCUGCUGGGCCCCCUGGACUGGCUGGGCUACCCCCCUCAGAUCAGCCUUUUCUACAUUGUCAAUUUCCUCAAGUACACCCUCUGGCCAUGCCUGGUCCUGGCCCUCGUGCCCUGGGUGGUGCACACAUUCAGUGCCCAGGAAGCACCACCCAUCCGCUCUUCCUGACUUCGAGUGCCUCCUACUGCCACUUUCCCUCCCACAAAGCCAACACUCCGUGACCUCCACAAUCCAGGAGGCAAUCCAUCUUCUUUCAGCCCCCAACAGUCCCUGUUCAUCUUGAAUUUCCCGCUUCUCCCACCACCUGGUCUUAGCCCCAAAGAAGGGCUGUCUGUCUUGCAGAAAGGCUGGUCCUCCUCCUGCCUUCCCUCCCAAGUCCCCAAAGAGCAAAGGCAACAGCAAGACCAGUGGGUUCCUACAACACUGAGGGGCUCAGAGCAGCGCCAAUAAAGCCCUUGAACACUUCUGGA